AUGAAACCAUACCUUCUCCUCUUCACAUUAGCAUCUCUCUAUCUGAUGCUAUCCACAGUAGUUGGCCAGCAAUGUACCUCCAACUAUGUCUCGGGUAUUACAGCUGCUGAUGCUGCCUCAUCAAAAGCUUCCUCACUCGUUUGCCCAACUGGUUCAAUUAAUGGUUUCAGUUUUACAGGAAAUCGUACCUGUAUUUCAAUUCCUAAUACUAUCCUUCCAAAUUACGUUGGUAUGUCCUGUGCAGGCAGUUCUUCUGCUUGUCAAGCCAAUUGGUUGGGUUGUGCUGCCAGAACUCAAACUUGUGAAUAUCGUAGAACUAGAAUUUUAGGUGAUUAUUGCACUCAUAGAGAAAAUUGCGUUGGUAGUUUUGGAAGUGCUUCUGCUUACACUAAUUGUGUUAAUAAUCAAUGUGUCAGUUUCAAAGUCCUGCCAGUUGUCAAUGUUGAAGGUGGUGCCUGCUUGGAAAAAUCAUUGAACGAAACAACAAAUAUUGUAAACGAUUGUGCAACAGGUUUCUACUGUUAUCAAGGCGCCUGUCUCAAGAUGGCAUAUAAUAGCGAUGAAGGAGGUCCUUGUGAAACAAUUUCAGGUGGCGUUCGUGUUUUUUGUAAAGAAAAUUCUGGGUUGACUUGUAUCAGUAACGUUUGUUACAAACCAACAAUUUUACAAUUAGGUCAAAAUUGUUCUGGACUUCCAGUUUCAACUGUUUGUGCAGAUGGAUUGUAUUGUAGAAAGGAAAAUAUUGAUAGUGCUGCCAAGACCUGUCAAAAGCCAUCUGUCUAUGGUGAAUUUUGUGAAACUCCUUCAGAUUGUUACAAAUUGCCAAUUCUUCAAAUGAGAUGUGCUAAGAAUAAGUGUAUUAGAAGAUGGCAUCUUCUUGAUGGUGAAGCAUGUGAUAAGAAUGAUGACUGUUUCAAUAAUUAUUGUGAAAAUCUUAAAUGUUCAUCGACAGUUGUCACAUGUUCAACUGCCAAAGCAUGUCCUAGCUCAUCUGAUUUGAAAUGUGGAUGUGGUGGUUUGUCUAGUGCUAGUCCAUUCAAUGGAACUUGUGUUCAACCAUGUAAUGGUUUUAGAGAAGAUUUUUAUGCUUGUGCCUAUAAUAAUGGAGUUGAUGAAUUGACAAGUGGCAUGACAUCAACUAUUUCAUAUCAACCUGUUGAUGCCAAUUCAACUGUCAUUACCAAGUUGUGUUCAAAGCAAUAUGCUAAUAUGAUUAAGUGUUAUAAGAAAGCUUGGACUGAUGCUGGAAUGGCUGACGUUUCUGCAUUGACAACUCUUUCUGGUCUAGAUGUCACUGGUCAACCUCAAAUUCCUACAAACUUGACACUUCCAGUUGUUGGUAGAAAUUUGACUUCACCAUCACCUAAAGUUGCUGUUUCAGUUUCUUUGGUUUUCUAUGCAAGUGAAGCAACUUUCAUUACCACUAGCUUGCCAUUUGUCUUUGCUUUGCUUUUCAUUUGUCUUUCAUUCGUGUUGUAA